UUUACGUUUUUUCUGCUUCUCCCCCUCGUGAUUCCUUCUUCUCCUUCAUCCCUCCCUUUUAUCGUUCCCACACUUCACGCUCAUAGCGACACCAUUCCAUCCCCAACUCUUCUUCUCUCUCGCGGAUGGAAUCUCUCCGGCGAGCUGUCUUCACUCUCGACAGUAACCGCCGGCAGAGUGACCACCAGAUUUGAUAUCUAGCUCAGCUGCCGUUGGUUUUAAGUUUUAUUUUGGGAAUUGCUUCUUCCUCUUCCGUUUCUCCGCAUCAAUGGCGAGGGUUUUCGAUUCUGGUUCAGCGUUUCUCGGAUGGCUUCUUUUGGUGUCUCUGUUGGUGGUGAGUGUGACGGCGGAGCCGCCGGAGGAGGAGAAGCAAGCGCUCCUUGCUUUUCUCUCACAGGUCCCUCACGCGAAUCGGCUCCAAUGGAGCCGCAACAAUUCCGCCUGCAGCUGGGUUGGAAUCGAGUGCGACGCGAAUCAGUCGUCCGUCUACUCCCUCCGCCUCCCCGGCGCCGGCCUGGUGGGGCCGAUUCCGCCGGACACGCUGGGAAGGCUCUCUCAGCUCAGAGUCCUCAGUCUCCGCUCCAACCGCCUCUCCGGCGAGAUCCCCUCCGAUUUCUCCAACCUGACUCUCCUCCGCAGCCUCUACCUCCAGAACAACGCCUUCUCCGGCGAGUUCCCCGCGGGAGUGACUCCAUUGGUUCGGCUGACGCGGCUCGACCUCUCCUCCAACAACUUCACCGGCCCGAUUCCGUUCGCUGUCAACAAUUGGACUCGCCUAACCGGUCUGUUCCUCGAGAACAACGCGUUCUCCGGCCCGCUCCCUUCCAUUUCAGCUAAUUUGGCUGAUUUCAAUGUCUCCAACAACAACCUCAACGGCUCAAUCCCUAGAAAUUUACAGAGGUUCCCCGCCGCGGCAUUCGCCGGGAAUCUAGAUCUCUGCGGCGGUCCUUUACCUCCCUGCAAUCCCUUCUUCCCUUCCCCCAGCCCAUCCCCUUCCACAAUUCAACCCAUCCUCCCUUCCCACAAAAAAUCGAAAAAACUCUCCACCGCCGCCAUCGUUCUAAUCUCCGUCGGCGCAGCCCUAGCCCUGCUCAUCCUCCUCCUCUUGCUCUUCUGCUGCCUCCGGAAGAAACAGAGACAGCAGUCCCCCAAACCUCCGAAGCCAGUGGGAGCCGCCGCCAGAUCCAUCCCCCUCGAAGCCGGCGGGACCUCCUCUUCCAAAGACGAUAUCACCGGCGGCUCGGCCGAGGCCGAGCGGAACAAGCUGGUGUUCUUCGAAGGAGGCGUCUACAGCUUCGACCUCGAAGAUCUGCUGAGAGCCUCGGCGGAGGUCCUCGGGAAAGGUAGCGUCGGCACUUCGUACAAGGCCGUGCUCGAAGACGGCACCACGGUCGUCGUCAAGCGGCUGAAAGACGUGGUGGUUACGAAGAAGGAAUUCGAGAUGCAGAUGGAAGUUUUGGGGAAAGUUCGGCACGACAAUGUGGUUCCGUUCAGAGCCUUCUACUUCUCCAAAGACGAGAAGCUUCUCGUCUCCGAUUACAUGGCCGCCGGCAGCUUAUCGGCUCUCCUACACGGAAGCAGAGGCUCUGGCCGGACACCAUUGGACUGGGACAGCAGAAUGAGGAUAGCAUCAAGCACAGCAAAAGGGCUCGCCCACCUCCACAUGGCGGGGAAAGUGCCCCACGGCAACAUUAAGUCGUCCAACAUCCUCCUCCGCCACCAGGACCACCACGACGCCUCCAUCUCCGACUACGGCCUCAACCCUCUCUUCGGCACCACCACCCCACCCAGCCGCGUGGCAGGCUACCGCGCCCCUGAAGUCCUCGAGACCCGAAAAAUGACCUUCAAAUCCGACGUCUACAGCUUUGGCGUCCUCCUGCUCGAGCUCCUCACGGGGAAAGCGCCCAACCAGGCCUCCCUCGGCGAGGAAGGGAUUGACCUGCCGCGGUGGGUCCAGUCCGUGGUCCGCGAGGAGUGGACCGCCGAGGUCUUCGAUGUCGAGCUCAUGAGGUACAACAACAUCGAAGAGGAGAUGGUGCAGCUGCUGCAGAUCGCCAUGGCGUGCGUCUCGACGGUGCCCGAUCAGCGGCCCGAGAUGGCGGAGGUCGUGAGGAUGAUCGAGGAGGUGAAUCGAGGCGAGAUGACGACAACGGACGAUGGGUUGAGGCAGUCUUCCGAUGAUCCGUCGAAAGGCUCUGACGGCCAGACUCCUCCCGCUGAGUCCAGGGCCACUGCUACCAGUACCAGCGCCGUUACGCCGUGAUGAGUGGGGAAAACAUUUUUUUACAAAAGAGGAGGGGAAAACGUCGUCGUUCGAGUGGGAUUUGCACAGAGUUCAUAAGUGAAGUGGAGGACCCUUUUGUUUCUUUAUUAAGCUGAUUUUGUUUUUGGUUUAUUUUCAAAUUUUUUGGAGGGUCUUUUGGGGGGUUUCUUUUUUCUUUUUAAUAUAUUUUAUUUGUUAGGUUUUGAAAUUUAUUUUUCCUUUUUAUCUUAUUCCCAGAAAUGUCAAGUUGCAAAGGUUAUUAUUCUUUCACAGGUGGGAAUGAACUGGCUGGCUGGAAUUUAACCAUAAUUAUUUAUUGACCAAGUGUUGGACUGUGCUGUUUUAUUAUUUUAUUUUAUUUUAGUUUAGAAAAUACUAGUAUGUGACAAGUAAGAAUUUGUCAUGACAGCAUUGGAAUUCUUGGGUGUUUGGCAGAGGGUGGUUUGUCGCUGUGUUGGGUGGAUUUAUAUAAUAAACAGGGGAUUUCAGGUUUGGU